UUCAUUGGGUGUAUAUGUAUAUGACUGUCUAACAGUAACACACCGACGGAAGGCAAAUAUUGGGGGGGGGAUAGCGCGGGAUUUGGCCAAAGUUUCGUUUGUUUCUUGAAUUUCCAACCACUUUGAUGCAGCCACGACAUUUGGACAAGUCAGACGAAUCAUCUAACUUGUCGGACGAUGAUUAUGUUCCUUAUAUACCAGUGAAGCAACGUAAACAACAAGAGCUUACUUCACUGCAGCGUGUAUUAGGUAAUCUUGCGUACACUGAAGUGCCUGAGGAGGAACUAGACCAGGGUAAUACAGCAGAACAAGUUGAAGAUGAUCCGGAGGGUAUGACAAAAAAGUCAUCUGAUGACAAACAUCAUGGACCUAAUGCCCAGGGUAGUUUAUUUGAUAGAAUGUGGGAAUUAAAGCGAAAAGCUGAAGAAAGAAAGGAAACAGAACGGGAUAAAAAAUUAAAGGAAGAAGCUAAGAUUUUAGAAAGUGUUGCUGAAAAGACCGCUUUAAAAGGUGUUGCAGAACUAGCAAAAGGUAUCCAGUAUGAUAAACCAAUUCAAACCAGCUGGGUACCACCUGUAUAUAUCCGGGAACAAAGUGAAGAGAAAUCUGCAGAAAUCCGCAAAAAGUUUCGAAUUUUAACUGAAGGUGAUGAUGUACCUGCUCCUAUUCGACAUUUUAAUGAAAUGUGUUUUCCAAAGGCUUUAAUUGAUUUACUAAAACUACGUGGGAUAACAAAACCUACACCGAUUCAAAUGCAAGGUUUACCAGCUGUAUUAAGUGGUCGAGAUAUGAUUGGAAUUGCAUUCACCGGCUCCGGAAAAACAAUGGUGUUCUCAAUACCAGUUAUAUUAUUUUCUAUGGAUCAAGAACAGAAAAUUCCAUUUAUUCAAAAUGAAGGACCUUAUGGUUUAGUUUUAGGUCCAUCUCGUGAAUUAGCUCGACAAACACAUGAAGUAAUCUGUAGCCUUAUUGAUGGUUUAGUCAAAUCUGGUUUCCCGUCUAUUCGUUGUUGCUUAUGUAUUGGUGGCAUGGCUGUUAAAGAACAAGCAGAUAUUGUUAAAAGAUCUGGUGUUCAUAUUUUGGUUGCUACACCAGGUCGUUUAAUAGAUUUACUUCAACGUAAAAUGAUUAAUUUGGAAGUAUGUCGUUAUCUUGUUUUGGAUGAAGCUGACAGAAUGAUUGAUAUGGGUUUUGAAGAAGAAGUCCGAACUAUAUUCUCCUAUUUUAAGGGACAACGUCAAACACUUUUGUUCUCUGCUACUAUGCCGAAAAAAAUACAAAAUUUCGCUAAAUCAGCCUUGGUGAAACCCGUCACUGUUAAUGUUGGUCGAGCUGGAGCAGCUAGUAUGAAUGUCACUCAGGAAGUAGAAUAUGUGAAACAUGAAGCGAAAAUUCCUCAUUUACUUGAUGCUUUACAAAAAACUCCACCUCCUGUUAUUAUAUUUGCUGAGCGUAAACAAGAUGUGGAUGCUAUACAUGAAUAUCUUCUUUUAAAAGGUGUUGAAGCAGUUAGUAUUCAUGGUGGAAAAGAUCAAGAUGAACGUGUAUCAGCUGUUACAGAAUUUAGAGCUCAUCAUCGUGAUGUCUUAGUUGCUACAGAUGUGGCUAGUAAAGGUUUGGAUUUUCCAGAAAUUAAUCACGUGAUCAACUAUGAUAUGCCUGAAGAUAUUGAAAACUAUGUACAUCGCAUCGGUCGUACUGGUCGUGGUCAUCAACGUGGGUUAGCCACAACAUUUAUCAACAAAUCAGUGGAUGAAUCCACUUUAUUAGAUUUAAAGCAUUUACUCAUAGAGGCUAAUCAACAUGUGCCAGAAUUUCUUGUUGAAUUGGCAUCAGCUACUGAAGUUGAACUUGAAAUGGGUGGUGAAGUUGGCUGUGCAUAUUGUGGUGGUUUAGGUCAUCGUAUAACACAUUGUCCAAAAUUAGAAGCAAUGCAGAAUAAAGCUGCUAUUAAUCUGGGUCGUAAAGAUUUCUUGUCUUCUGCAGAUUAUUAACAAAUUAUCAUUAUUAUCAUUAUCAUCUGAUAAGCUGAAUACAGCCAGACAUUUGAUAGUUACUGUAAAUAAUUCAUAAAUUUAAUUUGUAAAUAAAAUCUUCAAUUGACGUUCAUGCUUUUUCUUUUUCCUUGUCUUGGUUCAAAAGUUUAAAUUUCAAGUUUGUUUUUCUUCAAAAUCAUGAAAGGAAUUAUCUCAAGUUUAAUAUACUGUUAUAUUACUGCAUAUACUAUAUUUAAUCAUAUCUAAAUACUGUGAUUCACGAAUGAAAGUUCAUUUUUGGUCUGUAAAUUGUCAGAAUAUUUUCUUUGUAAAUAUUUUCUCGGUUCACAUUUAGUUGUACUGUAUACACAUGUUUUUUACUACUUAGAAACCAAUAGUUCUAAAAUAAAUCGAAUGAACUUCGAUCUGAGAAGAAGGAUUUACUGAUUUAGUCACCAUACUUUACUGAAUUCUUUACUUUCCCUUGGCAAGUAAGUUCUUCAUUAAUUUAUUCGAAAUGUAUUACAGGAAAAUAUAAUCUCUCAGAUUAACUCCAUCUAUUCACUACAUUUUCGAUGCUAAAUUCUUAGAUAUUGUGAAAAUCGGUAUUUGUAACAAUUAC